CCCAUCUGUCCUGUCCAAUGAUACCACACUUGAUCACCUGCGCCGCCAGAUUAACAAUUAUCUGUGCUUUUAUUUUCCUCCCUUGGCGUGAGGUUACUGUCGCAAUGGUACCAGACAUCAACAACACCUGGGUCCCCCCCUCUUCACAUCAUACUAAAAUGAUUAUCAUCGAAGAGCUAGCAAACUGUCACCCAAGCAACAGUAGGCCCCUAUCCGUAAUGCAACCGACUCCAACGACCACCGGCCAACAGCCUAUCGCCGGCCCGACACCAAGUGUUGGCUGCACACAUGCCGUCCCUGGCAGCGACGGCCACGUAUCGCCCACAGCCUGCAACUCCAACUACGCUACCGAAAUCUCCUUUGCACCCGCACUAGCUGCCGCCGUAAUCUUCUGCAUUCUGACCGUAACCCAUAUUGUCCUCGCCUUCACAACUCGUAAGACCUACGCCUGGGUCUUGAUCAUGGGCGGCAUCUGGGAGUCAGCAGCUUUUGUGAUCCACACCAUCGGAGCCAAGGACCAGCAGUCAGAGCCCCUCGCUGUUGGCUACUCCAUACUAUACCUUCUUGCCCCUCUUUGGAUCACGGCCUUUAUCUACAUGACCUUUGCCCGCCAGGUAUGGUAUUGGACCCCGGAUCAAAGACUGUUCAUGUUCAGCGCCCACGUCCUCUCCAAAGUGUUCGUUCUCGCGGACGUCGUGGCCUUCGUCCUGCAGUUCCUGGGCGCUGCUCUCGUCACGAACCACAAGGCCAAGACCCCCGAAGAGAUUCGCCGCGGUGCCAUCUUGCACUUGACCGGCCUGUCCCUGCAGCUCGCAGUGACUAUCGUAUUCCUUGCCCUGAUGGCAGCAUGGCAUCUCAAGAUGAUUGCCUACGAGGCCGAGAGAGCACAUUUAGACCCUUAUGGCGACUUCACCCAUAAAGGGCCCAUGAGGCGCUCCUGGAAGUUUUUGCACGCUGCCAUGUAUAUAGCCGUACUGCUAAUCACCGUAAGGUUAUCCUUUCGACUUGCCGAGUCGGGCCAGAUCCUCUUCGGCAACGCGCGUGGCGGCCUAGCGAGCUCCCAAAUCUUGCAGUACCUCCUGGAUGCUGCACCCAUCAUGCUGUGCCUGGCUGUGCUGGCCGUCGCGCACCCGGGUCGCUUUUUGAUCGGCAAGGACUCGGAAAUGCCGUCGUGGUCAGAAAGGAGAGCUGCGGCGAGGGAGGCGAGGGACCUGCAAGCGCGCAAGGAGGCAGCAUUUGGAAAUGCACCGACGGAGUCGAUUUCAGAUCGUUAUUGGGGAACCAGGAAUGAGUAA